AUGAUGCCAGAGAAAUAUCAUGAAGUUAUGUCUAGUCCAUGCUGUGCCGAGGGAACGUUGUCAGAGAAUUACCAUGAUGUUAUGACUCGUCCAUGUUGUGCCGAGGGGAAUUACCAUGAAGUUAUGGCUAGUCCAUGCUGUGCCGAGGGGACGAUGUCAGAGAAUUACCAUGCAGUUAUGUCUAGUCCAUGCUGUGCCGAGGGGACGAUGCCAGAGAAUUACCAUGAAGUUAUGGCUAGUCCAUGCUGUACCGAGGGGACGAUGUCAGAGAAUGACCAUGAAGUUAUGACUAGUCCAUGCUGUGCCGAGGAGACUUUUCCAGAGAAUUACCAUGGAGUUAUGACUAGUCCAUGCUGUGCCGAGGCGACGUUGCCAGAGAAUUACCAUGAAGCUAUGUCUAGUCCAUGCUGUGCCGAAGGGACGACGCCAGAGAAUAACCAUGACGUUAUGACUAGUCCAUGCUGUGCCGAGGCGACGAUGCCAUAG